UUUUUAUUGCUAUAAGCUGUUUAAGAAAAUGAAAGUAGAAAACAAACCCACGUGAAAAUUAAUAAUUUAAUUGAAUCUUUCAGCUUUAACUUCAAGAUGUGUCCAUUGUUUCUUAGAUACACAUAUCCUUAUUUUACACAGAAAUAAUGAGUUUAACAUCGAUUUAUCACACUGGACCUGUGACAGCUCUACAUUGCCAUGGUAACAUAAUUUUGGCAGGAAUUGGCAGUCAGAUACAUGUUUAUAGUAUACACAAUACAAAACUGCAUCAAUCAAUAGACAUCCUACCUGCCAGGGUUGUUCAUGGUAUUAAGCAAGUAUUUGAUGAUGGUGCAUCAACAAAGCUAUGUGUGUUUGGUCAGAAGUGUUUACGCUUGGUUGAAGUUAAUGACCUUUCCCUGACAAUCAAGCCUUUAAAUGAUCCAUUAGAAUUUUCUGAUUGGAUAUGGGAUGUUUCCUGGAUUCAGGAUUCACUGUCAAGCAGGUUGCUAUGUCUGGCACUUGGUCAUAAUGUUAUUGUAACAUAUGAUGUAGACAAAUUUAGUAUAACAAAUAGUGUUCAUUGUCAAGAAAAAUGUAUUUUAUAUUGUGCAAAGUUUCUGACUUCAAAGUCAGACUGUGUCAUAUUAGCUUCUGGUACAGUUUUUAAUCAAGUGGUAAUAUGGAGUGCACAGUCUACUGUUAAUACCUCAGGAAGAGUGGAGCCAUUCCAUCGCUUGACUGGUCACCAGGGUGUGAUAUUUUCUAUAGAUUACAAUGAAACAUUAAAGUUGAUCUGUUCUGUAUCUGAUGAUCGCAGUAUAAGGUUGUACAAGGUGAAGUUUCCUGGAGAAAAUACUGGACAGUCUCUUGAAGACUGGGAGAAAAUGGAGACCAGUUUGUUGCAUGUACUAUAUGGACAUUCGGCAAGAGUUUGGGAUGUAAAACUACUUUCAACAAGCUUUGUCAGUGUUGGUGAGGACUCCACAUGCUGUAUAUGGUCAUAUGAAGGUAAAGUAUUGAAGAAUUUCAAAGGUCAUAAAGGAAAGAGUAUAUGGAGCAUCUGUGUGGACAAGGGAGAGCACUUUGUAAUAACUGGUGGUGGAGAUAACUCUGUCAGACUGUGGAAUCUUCAUCAUGAAGAUAGAGAAAACAAAGACAAGCUCACAAAAUCUGUGGAUUUUCAGCUUGAGGAAGAUGACUUUCCCAGGAACACUAUGUUGUUAGAUGUGGACAGAAUACUGGCAAUAACAAAUGCAGGGAAACUAGUUCUGUACAACCAGAAGUCAGGUCAGUGUAGUCACCUCAUGUCUGAUGAAAAGUUUGGAUCAUACACAGUGAUGAGCGUAUCACCUACAAGUCAAUAUAUUGCUAUAGGCAACAUUCAUGGAACAUUGAGAAUACUUCAUGUGUCAGAAGCGUCCAUGUUUGAUAAAGGGCAGUAUGGGAAAACUGAUGUACAAGUGCAUGAUGGGAAAUUGUUUAGCAUUGUGUGGAUACGGGAAGAUACAGUGCUGACUACAGCAGCACAAGGCAUGGUUAAUAUGUGGAAAAUUACAAACCAUGAUGAUGAGAUUAAUGUUGAUAUGACCUUCACAUUUAUCCUACCUCCAAGCAAACAUUGUUGGGUUUCCACGGCAACAAUAGCCCUUGACGACACAAGGAUUGUGGUGGGUGAUCGCACUGGCAGUCUUUUUCUGUACAAACUUAUAGAGGAAAAAAAAACCGGAGAACUUGUUCAAACAUUCCCGAAGAUUCAUGGUAAAGCAGGUGCUACAUUUCUAUGUUGCUGUGACAACCAUGUAUAUUCAGCUGGGCGAGAUGGUAUGUACAGAAUGUUUGUAUGGACCGAAGUUGGAGAGCUAGAACUAUUACAUAAUAACAGAGUGUGUAAAAGUUUUGAAUGGUUAGAAAAGCUGGAGUUUACAGAUGAUGAUGAUAUACACAUAUAUGGAUUUUAUACAAACAUGUUUAUUAUUUGGAGUGUAAGACAGAAUCAGAAGUUACUAGAGAUAGAAUGUGGUGGUGGACAUAGGGCCUGGGAUUACCGUUGCCAUGGUAGCAGUGCUGCAUUUGUGUAUGUCAAGACUAGAGAGGUCAAGGUCACAAAUGUUGAAAUGAGGUCAAAUCAGGUCAUUGUGAAGAAAUGUUUACAUGGAAGAGAGUUAUGUGAUGCCAAACAUAUUUGCUUGGGGUAUGAUGGUAAUGAUCUACCAGUGAAUGUCAUUGUAACCUGUAGUGAAGAUACAUCUGUAUGUCUGUCUGUCCUAACAUAUGAAAAUGGUAUUCCUCAGUUGGAUGUAUACCAUAAUCUCACUGGUCAUAUCUCAACUGUGAGGUGUCUGUAUGUCUGCUCAUCUAGUCAAGCUAUAAAACAGGCCCCUGCUGCGCAAAUGGAAAACCCUAAUAUACACAGGAAGUUGAUCUUUAGUGGUGGAGGUAGAGCUCAAUUAAGAGUGUUGAUCAUAGAAGUCAAAUUUUUAAACAAGGUUAAUGGGGAAAAGAAUAAAAUUAAAGAUGCGGAUAAUAUAAGGGGGACAACUAAUUCUAAAACAUGUGAUAAAGAUAACUCUUGUACUACUAUGGGGAAUGUUGAAAGAGAUACAAGUGAACAGUUGCAGAAAUGUGUAAAUGUACAUGAAAACACUGUGGUUGAACAUAUACAUUCCGAUAAAGAUAGCUUCAAGGCUAACACCACAUAUGAAAAUAAUGAUAGUGAUUUAUUAGAUAUCUGUGAUAAAAAUGUCAAAGGAAAAGUUGAAUAUGAAAUAGAUUAUAUAUGUCUAGCUGGGCUACAGUUAAGUGAAUUGAAACGAAAGUGCAAGAAACUUUGGAGGCAGCCAUUUAAUAAUUCUGACCCAGAGACUAGGAUACUUGACCUUUCAGUGGUGACCCCAAAUGAAUUAGGUCAAAAAGAGUCAAGGUCACUGUAUUUUAUAUCAGCUGCUUGCUCGGAUGGAUAUUUAAGGUUGCUUGCAUUUGAUGAAAUGUCAAGAGUGUUAACGCUGGUAGCAUCAUCUCCCUAUCAUGAUCAUUGUGUUCUUAAAACAAGUCAUGUGAUUCUACCAAAUGCUCACAUGACACAGCCAUGUGACCAAGAUCAUGUGACAGAAAGUGACCAAUGGCCUGUGAGAGUUGUCAUCCUGUCUGCUGCAACAGAUGGAAAAGUUGCAUUCUGGGAUGUGACAGAGAUCUGCAAAGAGUUUACAUCAACUUAUUUUUCUGAAAGUUUAGAAAAUACUGGAAAGAAAGGCAGCAAGGUGGAACAAAAGUUGUUGGACAUGGAUCCCUUUUGUGAUUUAGAACUUCACCAAUCUGGCAUCAAUAGUUUAUACUUUGGAAAAUAUUCAGAUGAAGAAUAUGUUUUAGUAACAGGAGGUGAUGAUAAUGCAGUACAUGUUAAUAUUGUUACCAUAGUUACUGAUGUUGUCACCCAGGUCAAGGUCAUUGCUAAAGGUCAAAAUACAAAUGCACAUUCUGCUCAGAUAACAGGGGCAUGGUAUGUAAUGAAAGACUACAUUGUUACAGCAUCAAUUGAUCAGAGGAUUUGUGUGUGGAAGUUGAUGUUACAGAACUCUGUUAUACAGCUAAAGAUGAUUGGAUGCGUGUGGACAAGUGUGUCAGAUGUAGCCAACAUGGAUGUGUGGAAAGAAAAGACACAUUAUUGCUUGCUGAUAAGUGGAAAUGGAAUGGAGAUUUUCAGACUGGAGUUGUGUGAUCAGUCAGAGGAAGUUGUAAUGACAAAUGUACAAAGUUCUCACAAGACUAUAUGUAAUACCUGGGCAAUUACACAGACUAAAUUAGUGCUCUAAAAUUACCUCAAUGUUUUAUACACUAUUAAGGCACCAUAUAUGUUCUGAAAAUGAGUGUUUAAUGUUGUUGGGGAUUUUUUUAAUUCUGAAAAUGAGUGUUAUGUAUUAUUUAAAUUCUAAAAAUGAGUGUUGUAUGUUAUUUAAAUUCUGAAAAAAAAGUGUUGUGGUCAACGUCUAUUAGAGAAUGAACAUCGAUUUUUAUGCAUUUUAAAAAUGUAAAUAAAUUUUUAGCUGCGUAAAACUUGGGAGGUGAACUACAUAUACAUAUAUACUGUAGAGGCUAUUAUAUUAUUAUGUUAUCAGUAGGAUAUUGAUGCAUGCUACAUGCUAAAUAAUAAUUUGGCAUUUUUAUUACAUGCUUUUCGAUGGUUUAUAGAAAUAUAUCAGUGAUAUAAAACUUUUCACUGUUUUGAAUUUUAGCCCCUUACGUUGUUUCGGUGAAAUACCAGCGUGCACAGUACUGGGAACCAACUUAAUGACAUGAUGUCACAUUGUAUUAUUAUUUGGCGCGCUUUUCAUUCAGUAUUAGGUUAAAUGUCUUUUUAAAACGUUUCUUUGCAUAUAAUAAAAAGAAAAUUGUUUAGUUUAGUGUAAGAUCGAAAUGUAUUUCACCUUGUGAACACCAAAAGUUCAUAUUACACUCGUGGCUGUGCCACCAUGAAAUAUACCUUUUGGUGCUCACACGGUGAAAUAUAUUCCGAUCUUACACUGAACUAAACAAAUAUCCUCUAUAUAUUUGAUAUUGCUUUUACCUGCUGGAACCAAAAGUAAUUAACCUUUGCCACCAGUAUAGAGCAUGGCUACCCUGAAAAUCUGUGCAGUCUUAUCAGGCUCUAUGCUGUUGUUUUUUUUUCAAUUUUUGUAUUUUGAUGUUGAAGUCCCUUAAAUUUUGAAUGGACUGUUCAAAUUAAAAGCUGGGAAAACCUAAUGGUUUUUAGGGUUUAUAUAAUUUACCCAGAAUGAUGAUAUAUACUAUUGAAAAAAUACUGUGAAGACUUUUUAUGUUUUUAUGUAUAAAUCAUUGUGUUUUAUGUAUAAAUCAUGUGAAUACUUGAUUGUUUCUGUAUCUUUAUCACUUUGAAGACUGCUGGAUUUAAAUCAGUUCUGGCUUCAUACGAUUAAACAUGAUGUUGUCCAGAUUAGGGUUCAAAUCAACAGCCCAAUAUUACAGCAAAAGACACUGUUACCACUACACUGUAACCACUUCAUGUCUGCUCCACACUUGGACAUCAGUUUGAGUUUAUGUUUUACACUGUUAAGAUAUCAGAUUAUUUUUUUAUGUCACUUCCAAGUUGUGUAAUAUUUGUUUUCAUGAUAAUUGUGCCUCCAAUAAUAAGUAGACAACAUCUCAGUAAACAUGAUCUCUGGUAGGUUUAUUCAUUUUCAGUCAAUGUGUGUCAAUUACAAUACAAAACAUAAAACAUCAUUCAUAAAGAAAUCAUACAAGUAAUGUAUAUGUAUUUGAGACUAUCUAUUAAGGAUUUAAUAAUUUUAAUAAAGCAUUUCAUUUAGAUAUUUUAAAAAUGUAAUAAACCAAAUUUGAUAACAAUAUUGAUAUAUAUCAUCCAAUAAAACAAGAUGAAGAAAUAUGUCUUGAUUAUUAUUCUUACAAAUGGUUUAUUUAAGUGAGGAAUGGCAUUUAUAAUAUAUAAAGUAUUUGCAAGGCACAUGAAAAGUGCAGGAAUGUUUAACUUGAGAUCAUGUUGUGCUUAAACAAUAAUAGUACUUACUAAUUGUAAAAACAAUUAUUUUACAACAUUGAAACAUAUAUGUUUUACAUUUAGUUUAACAAGAAUUAAUUUUUCUGCAAAUCUUAAUGUUAAUCUUCAAUCUUUUAAAGUACUAAAUAUUUGUAAAAUAACAGAGGUAUGAUAAAUUUAACAAUUAACUGUGAAAUUUCAAAGUACAAAGUAACAUAAAAAAUAUAACGAAUUUAAACAAAACAGAAACUAACAUACCUAGUAUAACAAUAAGUAGACGAUAUCAAAUUUGCAAAAAUUUUAAAAAAUCGCGUGUUUUAACAAAAAUAGUUCUGUUUUUUUUUCUUCUUCUUUAUACAUAAGCUAUAAGCACACAAUUAGGUUUGAUGUAGGAACCUAUGUUUGGUAUUAUACACAUUUUUGCAACAAGCAUUUUUAUUCUAAGUGUUUAACUAAACUAUUAUUAAUUGACUCAAAUCAUAUGAGUCAUGGCAUGCAGGCACUUUUGGACUAAUGUAUUUUCACGGUAUCGCAAAACCGGGCAUAUAUUUUGACGUGAUGUUAUUUGCGUUAUUAUAGCAUAAAAUCGGCUAUUUUCCCCUCUUUUGCCCAUGUUAUAAUGGGACCAAAACCAUGCGUUAACAUAGUCACGCGCUCUUGUAAUAUAGCCCGGUUUCACUUAUAAAUGCGCAAUACAUACAGGGCCCAGUAAACAAACAAAAAAAUGACGAUUUGGCCUGUUUGCCAGAGUCAUGCGCUCUUGUUAUUUUGGAAUUAUUAAUUCGAGGGCCUCAGUCGCAUAACGGCGAGCAGCAUUCAAGUAAUUAUGCCGGCAAUACGGCGUAUAGACAUCGCCGCUUAUCUUGGUUGUCGCCCUUUCUUAGAAACGGACAGUUGUCAAUGUAAACAAAUAGAAUCUGUCAUUCAGUUUAAUCCCCCGAUUAACUUACAAAAAUGGAAAGCACAAAAUGAAUAUAAGAAAACGUUGUUUUAUUGACGUUUAUAUUGAUAAAUGUUCUGUAUGUUUCUUUGAGAGAAUAAUGUUUUAUGCCUGAUUUUUUUU